AUGGAAUCGUUUUUGUGGAUGUUUCUUAUCGUGUGUACUGUUUCUGCUACUGAAGACUACAAACGCGUAGCAUCAUGUGAUCCUAACUAUUUGCACGACCUGGAAUCAAAAGUACAAAGUAUGCUGUCGUCUGUCUCGUCUUUAACGGCCAAAGUGACAGCACAACAUAACACCAUAAUCCAACUUACGACCAAGACAACUGCAUUAGGAUCUGGAGGCAUGUAUACUAGAUGGGGUAGAAGUUCCUGUCCAUCAAACUCCUCCCAACUGGUUUAUGAAGGUUAUGCCGGAGGUUCCCAUUACACCGACCAGGGCGCAGCGGCAGAAUAUGUAUGUAUGCCCAGAAACCCGGUGUACGAGUACACUGACUAUCAUGACUACGAUGGUUACAUCUACGGAGCUGAAUAUGAAAGUACUUUUUUCGGCGCUACAAGAGUGUCUGAUGAUGUGCCGUGUGCAGUAUGCAGAUCUUUUAGUCCUUCCGUCCUCAUGAUUCCAGGAACAAACACUUGCCCUACUGAUUGGGGUAUGGAAUACCACGGAAUUCUGGCAUCCGGCUAUCGUGGACAUGCUGCUGCUUCUCAGUAUGUUUGUUUGGAUGGAAGUCCUGAAGCUCUUCCACAUGGAAUACGGAAAGAAGAUGGGAAGCUUUUCUAUCGCGUUCGAAGUAAAUGUGGGAGUCUCCCUUGUCCUCCAUACAUUGACGGUAGCAUUUUGUCAUGUGUAGUCUGCUCGAAAUAA